AUGGGGAAGUCUUGGAAGGACACAAGGGGGAGGCUGUUUGACUCGCAUUACAAACCAACAAGGACACUUGAGCAGAAUCUUGAGCAGCACCCGGAGGGAAUUCCUAGAGAGCAUUGGAAGUGGUUCAUUGAGUAUCAUAAUGAUCCUGCAACAAAGGCGAAGUGCAAGCAAAAUGCGCUGAAUCGAAAGAAGCAACUUUACAUGCACACUGGCGGAUCUAAAAGCUUGGCAAGGGCUAGGGAAGAAGAGUCACAACUACAAGGAAGGACUGUUGGUAGGGGAGAAGUAUGGAUCCUAAAGCACAAAAGAUCUGAUGGUAGCUAUAUACAUGAAGAAGCUCGGAGGAUUGGUGAAAAAAUAUCUGAGCUUGAGCAAUUAGAUGAAUCUACAAGAAUAUUGUCAGAGAAUGAUUCCCUUGCCCAAGCUCUGGGCAAAGAGCACCCGGGUAGAGUGCGUGGGAUGGGACACGGGCCGACACUAAGUCAACUCUUCCGUCCGAGUUCACAGCCGCCGGUGGAUAGAGCUCAAGUAGAAGAGACCCAAAGGAUGCUGUGUGAACUACAAGCGGAGGUGACGACCGAAAAAUUGAAGAGGAAAGCAAUUGAGGAUGAAUUAGCAGUAGAGAAGACGAAGAGGUAG